AUAAAUUAUAAACACGUUUAGUUCGUGGUUAUAAAGCCUUUAUUAUGAAUUGUUUUAAUAUUGUAUUCGAUAAACAUGAUAAAACAUGAUAAUAGGUACAUAUUACGUAUUUACGUUAUCAUUUUACUCGUAAUUCGGUAUUUAUAAUACGAAAUAUGUAAGUACUCAAUUACCUACGUCCUACAGUGUAUUGUUAAAUGAAAAUGUGAUUGACUUAUAAGCUAAAAUAGACUAGUAAAAUAUAAAUUUAACAAGUGCAGCAAACUAUCCUAACGUUAUAAUGUCUACAGAUUUUAUUAGCAAUCUUCUGUCAGAGUCUGAAGACGAAUAUUCGUCGACUUCAUACGUCCCGUCUGACCUUAAUGAAUCAUCAUCUGAUGAUACAUCAAUUUCCGAAAUUCAAAAUGAUAACACACAAAUUAUAGUCAAUGGUGAUGCUUCUUAUAUAGCUGAUAAUGAUCAAAGCAAUGAAGAUAUUAAUUCAAAUAAAGGGAGAAAGAGGAUCAGAGAUGAAACGAAAUGGAAAAGGAACAUUCGAAAAAUUAUUGUUUAUUAUUAUUAUUAUUUCAGUUAUUUAAAUUAUUACACAGAUAUACGUUACAAAAGUAUAAAACCUAGGAAGUAUCAUUUGAGUAACUGAAUAUUUUUAAGUAGGUCGUAAAAAAACUAUUAAGGAAUUUUUUUUUGAUUAUUAAAGGGCAAUCGAUUUAUUUGAAUUAUUAUUAUUGAGAAAAUAUUGAGUUAUUAUAUUAUUAUUGAGGGCAUAU